AUGUCGCGAUCCUUCUACGUCGACUCUCUGAUCGUCAAGGAGUCGGGGCGCGGGGGUUCGGGCCCCCUGGCCGUCCAGGAGGCGGGUCCCGGGCCGGGCCCGCUGAUCCCGCUGGGGGUGCCGGCCCCGCUGGUGGUGGCGAUGGGCGGGCCGGGCUGCCCGCAGCUCCGCAAGGCGGCGGGGGCCUUCUGUGUCUGCCCGCUGUGCGUCACCUCGCACCUGCAGGGCGGCCGGGCGGCGGGGGCCGGGCCGGGGGCUCCCGCCCCCCUGCUCAAGGGGCACUUCCCCGCCGGGACCCCCGACGACGGCCCCUUCUGCCCGCAGACGCCCCCGGUCCCGGCCCCGGCCCCGCCGCCCCCCGCACCUGUCUGCACGGCCGCCGCCACCGCCUACAGCCUCUCCGACCCGCGACGCUUCCACUGUCUCGGCUUGGGCGGCUCCGACGGCAGCCAGCUCCCGCCCGGCAAGAGGAUGCGGACGGCCUUCACCAGCACGCAGCUGCUGGAGCUGGAGCGCGAAUUCUCGUCCAAUAUGUACCUGUCCCGGCUGCGACGCAUCGAAAUCGCCACCUACCUCAAUCUGUCCGAGAAGCAGGUGAAGAUCUGGUUCCAGAACCGCCGGGUCAAGCACAAGAAGGAGGGCAGGGGCCUGCCCAGGGGCAGCCACGGCCCUUGCAAGUGUGUGGGCCGCUCCGAGGACGAGGAGUCCCUCUCCCCGGCCUCGGCCCCCGAGGACAGGGACGUCUCCCCGCGUUGCGGUAACUGA